AUGUCUAGAAUAAGAGGAAUUGAUGCCAAAGUGCAAAAAAAUGUGUUACAAAGUCAACAAAAGCGUAAAAACGCAUGUAAUGAGGCAGCAAAAUUAUUUAAAAAUGAAGAGGAUGCUUGUAGUAAAGAGGAUACAGAAAAGCAACAGAUCAAUGAGUUGCUACAUAAUUUGCCGACCUUGGACAAAAUAUUUGAAGUCCAUCGAAAGAUUGGUGAAGGCACCUUCAGUUCCGUAUACUUGGGCUCACUGCGGCGUCAAACGACACUUCCAGUCUCAGAGCGUCGCUGGUUUGCUAUCAAGCAUCUUGUACCCACGGCCCACCCUGCCCGUAUUGAACAUGAGUUGAAAUGUCUGCAAGAUAUGGGUGGAAAGAACAAUGUAAUUAGUGUGGAACUUUGUUUACGCCACUUUGAUACAAUAGUUUUUGUAAUGCCUUAUAUACCUCACAGGAAGUUUUCAGAAUAUUUUGGAGAAAUGGACGCAAGCGAGCUGCGGCAAUACAUGCGCGCGCUGCUGGUAGCACUGCGACAUGUGCACUCGUUUGGUGUCAUCCACAGAGAUGUGAAACCUAGCAAUUUCCUAUAUGAUAGGGAGAAUAGGAGGUAUUUGCUGGUGGACUUCGGUUUAGCGCAACGAAUAUGCGUGGCGCCUGACGAGUCGCCCGUGCCCUUAAAUACAAACAAGCGAGCGAGAGAUGAAAUGGAGGAUGACUCAUCGCCAGGUGCAAAGAGAAUGGCACUAGAUCUUACCGUGUUUCCAAAAAAGAUGGAUGUUAGCACCCCAAUUCCUAAAAGAUUAGCAUGUCCACCAAAAGUACAAAUUCCGAAGACAAUGGCUAUCAAGGAGGUCCCGGGUGUGGUUGCGGGUGCGAGUGCGUGCCCAUGCCGCGGCGCGCCGGGCGUGUGUUGGGCGCGCGGCUGCGCGGUAUGGGCGGCAGCUCGCGCGCCGCGCGCCGGCACGCAGGGCUUCCGGCCGCCCGAGGUGCUGCUCAAGUGGACGCGCCAGAGCGCCGCCGUGGACCUGUGGGCCGCCGGCGUCGUGCUUGCCACCGUGCUGGCCAACAGGUACCCAUUCUUCCGCGCGGCGGACGACUAUUCGGCUCUGGCAGAGGUAGCUGACUUGCUGGGUACCGACGCCGUACAGCGCACUGCCGAAGCACUGGGGCGACGCGUGGUGACGUCAACGCGACGAGCCGGCCUCUGCUUGCGCAAGCUGAGCGCGCGCUUGCGGCGCGUGCCCCCCGCGCCCCCCGUGUCGGCCGCACCCCGCGCGGGUACUUGCGCCGGCUGCCAGCUCGCGCGCGAUCUCUGCCUCUGUCCAGACGAAAACGUGCCGGCGAGCUCAUUCGAUCCCGACUUGGUGGUGGCCGGGUUCCCGGACAGUGCGUUCGCACUGGCAGCGCGCCUGCUCGAGCCCAAUCCCAGCCUCCGUAUCACUGCCGACGAAGCUUUGAAACACCCUUUCUUGGCAACUGAAGACUGA